CGCAAACGCAUUUAUCCCUGGACAGUAUCUCUUGCUUUGGUUUGAUUGAUUUCUCGUGACCCUUUCAAAAGGGUCAGCGGAACGAGCACCAGGUGCACUAGGGACCAAGGCCGGGAACAGCCGACGGGUCUUCGGUUGCAGACGGAAAGAUGUGGCAGUUGUUACUUUGAUGAAUGGCACUGUUCUCUGGAGGGUUGUCCAGAAACAUAGAGCACCGAGGAAUCUUAAUCGUUUAGCUCCGAAUCUUUUUGGCAGUGGAAGCAGUGACUUGCCAAUACAGCAGAAGUCUGAUUUUCUUCUGAAAGAGUAAAUAAAAUGCAGAGCCGCAAAUAUCUGAAGUUUGCAGCGGAAACUGGCAAGUGAAAUUUAACUCCCUUGGAACUGAGAGCACAGUCUCUAGUUAUUGAUUUGGAGGCCAGUGUUAAAUGAAUAUAAACCAAAUUAACAUCAGAAGAUUGGAUUUACUUUCCCGACUGGAGCAAAGGUUCAGAUCGUCUGAGUUAGACGGGCUCUCGUAACUUGCGCCGUUUGUAAAGAGUAGCACCAGGGAGUCUGAUGGCUUCAGACGAUAAGCGAGACAAAAGCAUGUCUUUCACACAGAUGGUAAUAGAAGAGGACUCCAUGAGGAAUGGAAGAGGUCUGUCCGAUCAGUGGGCCGAUUCAGUGGUGGUUCGUCCCAGGACCACUGAAAAGCACAUCACUGUGCACAAAAGACUCGUACUCGUUUUUGCCAUUUCCAUCUUGGGUCUUAUCAUCGUCACAAUCAUAGCAGUGCUGCUGAGUGUUAAAUUUGAGGAAUGUGGCAAUGAAAGCAGCAACAGAGUAGUGAAACACUACCAUGUACAAUGGGGCAAGUUUAAUCAGACCAAGGAAAGUCCCAGUAAGCCCUAUCGUACAGUACCCUGGGCACAGCUGAGGUUGCCCGCUUCUGUAAAACCCUCUCACUACAAUCUGAACAUAAUUGUUUACAUGGACAAUUUUACCUUCUCUGGAGUAGUCCACAUUCAGAUGCACUGCGUGAACUCCACCAAGCACAUAGUUCUGCAUGCGGACAAACUGUCGGUUGAAGGGGUAGAGGUGACUGUUGCCAACAGCUUGGUCCCACUCGGAUCAAAAAUAUUCUUGUAUAAGCAAACUCAAGUUUUAGUGAUUAUCCUGACCCAGGACCAGGCACAUGAACACUACACCAUAAAAAUAAACUACAGUGCCAAUAUAGCAGAUGAACUGCUUGGCUUCUUUCAGAGCUCGUUUGUGACAGCCGGGGUGAGGAGUUAUCUUGCGGUGACACAGUUUUCUCCCGUGCAUGCCCGUCGGACCUUUCCCUGUUUUGAUGAGCCAGUCUACAAAGCAACGUUUAGAGUUGGCAUUAAGCACCAAGACAUUUACUUGGCGCUGUCAAACAUGCCAGUUGCUACCACAAUAUACGAGGAAGGCGGGUGGGUCACUGAGCAGUUUGCAGAAACACCUCGAAUGUCGACAUACUAUCUGGCCUGGGCAAUCUGCAACUUCACCUAUAAGGAGACAGUGACCGAUCGUGGCAUCACUGUGAGACUGUAUGCUAGACCGGAUGCUAUUCAACAAGGAUCUGGUGAUUAUGCUUUAAAUAUUGCAAAGAGGCUGCUGGAAUUUUAUGAAGAUUACUUUAAUAUCAGCUAUUCAUUACCAAAAUUAGAUCUGUUAGCUGUGCCUAAAUUCCCAUAUGCCGGUAUGGAAAACUGGGGAUUGAGUGUGUUUGUAGAAGAAAGGAUUUUGCUGGAUCCUGAAGUCUCGUCCAUUUCCUAUUUACUGGACAUCACUAUGGUUGUCGUACAUGAAAUCUGCCAUCAGUGGUUUGGUGAUCUCGUGACUCCUAUUUGGUGGGAAGAUGUAUGGUUAAAGGAAGGAUUUGCUCACUAUUUUGAAUAUAUUGGCACUGAUUACCUUUACCCAAAAUUUAAUAUGGAGAAACAACAAUUCCUGACUGACAACCUACAUGAAGUGAUGCUGCUUGAUGGUCUGGCCAGUUCACAUCCAAUAUCCCAGGAAGUCCUUCAAGCAACAGACAUAGAUACAGUUUUUGACUGGAUUGCAUACAAGAAGGGUGCUGCAUUGAUUCGAAUGGUGGCUAAUUUUAUGGGACAGAAUGUAUUUCAAAAGGGAUUACAGGAUUUUUUGACUGCUCACAUGUAUGGCAAUGUGGGGAGAAAUGACUUAUGGAACAAACUUAAAGAGACUUUGCAGAAAAUUGGAGAAAAUAGAAAUAUCAAAGAAGUCAUGGACUGUUGGACAUUACAGAUGGGUUAUCCUGUGGUCACCAUUGUUAGGAAUGAGAAGAGUGCUCAUCUUUUAACAGUCAAGCAAGAACACUUCAUCUAUAGCCGGAACAGAAAAUCAAUGAAUCUAACUUCAUUAAAUAACAGCUAUUUGUGGAAAAUUCCUCUGACUGUCGCUGUAGGAAACUUAAGCCAUAUCUCAACAGAGCAGAUGAUAUGGAUUAACAAUAAAACAGAGCAUCAUCGAAUCCGUACGUUGGAUGAAAAUAGUUGGUUUUUAGGAAACCUUAAUCAGACUGGCUACUUUAGGGUUAACUAUGAUUUGAGGAACUGGCGGUUGUUAAUCGAACAGCUCCUGACCAAACCGGAGGUGAUCUCAGUUGGGAACCGAGCAGGUCUGAUCGAUGAUGCUUUUAACCUAGCCAGAGUUGGCUAUUUACCACAGAACAUUCCUCUGGAGAUUAUAAAGUACCUUUAUAAGGAGAAAGAGUUUCUUCCAUGGCAUGCUGCAAGUAACGUACUGCUUUACCUGGACCGGCUGGUGGAUCGGAACAAGGAGUACAACAUUUUUAGUCAAUAUAUUCUGCAGCAAGUUGCACCAAUGUACAACCUCCUGGGAUGGCCAGAAGAUGCAGCAAACAGUUCUGUUAUUCAAGCAUCAUAUCAGACUGAGGAACUGCGCCGAAAAAUUCUUAUCCUGGCUUGUAAAUUUGGAAUUGUCCUCUGCCGUGAGAAGGCCAUGUUGUUUCUUUCAGAAUGGAUGGAAACUGAUCAAAACAGGAUACCACCAAAUGUUCGAGACAUUGUCUACUGCACUGGGAUCUCACUCAUGGAUGACAAUGUGUGGGAAUUUAUCUGGAGCAAAUACCAAUCCUCCACUGUGGUUCUGGAAAAGAAAAUUCUACUGGAGUCUUUGGCAUGCAGCAAGAAUACCUUUUUGCUGAACAGGCUUCUUAACUUUUCAUUAAGUUCCCAAUUGGUUCCUGAUCAGAAUGUCAUAGAUGUUUUAAUUCAUGUGGCUAAACAUCCAAAUGGUCGAGAUUUGGCCUGGAAAUUUUUUCAGGAUAAAUGGGCCAUACUUAAUUCAAGAUUUGGAGAAGCUUUGUUUAUUAACUCAAAGCUCAUCAAAGGUGUGACAGAGUUUCGGAGUACAGAAAUUGAACUUAAUGAGCUUAAGGGCUUUGUAAAGAACCUCAGAAAGGAAGAUGAUGUCUCAUUCGCACAAGCCAUUGAAAUUGUGGAAGCAAACGCUCGAUGGCACGACCAGUUAGAAGAUGAGCUGUUCCAGUGGCUCAGGAAAUCCCUGAACAGCUAAUUUGUAACACUUCUAAAUAUUUAUAGCAUGAAGUGCUUUGAUGCAUUUGUACUAUUUAAAAUUCCUCUACUUUUGAGAGAAGGGGGAUAAAGGACGUGCGACAGAUUUUUCACUGAUUAUUUUUUUCUGCAGAUUACAACUUUCCUUAUGGUGAGAGAGGAUAAAGCAAAGUCUGCAUUAAAAAUUAGUCACAGCUUCAUGGGACAGAAUGUUUUUACAGCUAGUGCAUGUUAUUAACGGUCAGUAGAGAAAGAUAUGAAUUGAGAUGUAAUUUAUGCAUGAUUGUUUUGUCCCAUCUGUAUUCCAGCAUGCUAAGUUUCAAAAUUAUCAAUUUUGUGUUCUUGCAAUGUUCUUGUACCAAACCAUGGUAAUAUUAUGCAAAUAUUUAAAAGCACAAUGACUGUUAAGGACAAUCAGUAUGGGGAAACUUGACAAUGUGAUCAAUUAAUGCACCCUAUAGAAAUAAUGUGCUUCAUACCCUGAUAAUUGGAAGUCAGACACAGUUUUUAAACACAAACUGUAGUGGAAUUUGAGAAGCAUUUUGUGGAAUACAGGCAAAAAUAAAAAGUAAACUUUAAUUUAGCUCAUUUCAUGUUAUUAAUAUUGGGGAUUUUGCUAAAUGAAAACCUAUAGCAUAUGUAUUUUAAACUGAAAACUAUGAACUUUUAACUCUGUAAUAAAAUUUUGUACAGUAAUCUAU